CUAGUUUCACUCCGCGACAUUUACAACGAUCGGGCGAAAGCAUUGGUGUUAACUUGCUGCCAAACUUACUUGAAUGCAUUCAACCACUUUGAACUAAACAUAUUAAUGACCAAACGAAAAUAGCACAGGCUGGAAUUCAACUCGGACGCAUUAACAGUUGCACUAAAAAUAGCGGAGGACUUAAAGCCCUUCACCUGCAGCGGGCUGUGAGGAGUUGCGAACUGCAGGAGUUCGGCGGGACUUGGGACAGACACGGCCACAGCCUUGUAUCAUUUGUGUGUGGAGUCGUUGGAAAGUGGUCAUUUCUUCCUCUCGAUUAACAGAAAGCAGCAUCGUUUGAGUUGACCCUGGUUCAGACUUCACCUGCUUAAUAUCGCCAGUUACAACAUGAGACAGGCUCGGAUAGGUGGAAUUCCAAAUGAUCAAGACCAGGAAAAGACAUCUGGUCAGGAUCUACCUGGCGAUCAGAAAGGAAAGACUAAAACUCAGGGAAGUUUCAAGGAAAUCUUGGGGAAGGUGACAAGAAACCAGCAUCAAGGCGAAUUUGCCAGCCCUUGCAUCACGAUUGACUGGCUACUUCUGAAACCCCUCCGAAGUGAAAAACAGUUCAAUUUCUGCGGACAUUCUAUACUCAUCACUCAACACCAUGGCAGCAAUUUGGGGUUCUCUGCUUCUAUCUGGGAAGCCGCUCUGGUUCUUUGCCAGUACUUUGAAAGGGAGAAGAUCGAUUUUUUGGGGAAAAAGGUGAUCGAACUGGGAUCUGGCACUGGACUCGUGGGGAUUCUUGCUGCCCUCCUGGGUGGGGAUGUUACAUUGACAGACCGAGAGAACGUGUUGAGUCAAAUACAAUACAAUGUCUCCAUUAAUAUCCCUUCUGACUCUAAACAUCGGUCAAAAGUCUGUCCGCUAUCCUGGGGCAAGGAUCACGUACACUUCCCCAUGGAUUACGACUUUAUUCUGGGCUCGGAUAUUGUAUAUACCUCCCUCACCUACCCCUUGCUACUGAAGACUUUGCACCACUUAUCCAAGGGGUCGACUAUCAUCUACCUCUCGUCCAAGUUACGGAAAGGAAAUCACUCCGUCAGUUUCCACGAGGAGCUAUUGCCCCAGUAUUACAACUGCCAACGGGUUCACUUAGUCGAGAGCAAAGCAAUCAACGUGUACAAGAUUAGCUCCAUUAAACCAGCGGCCAGCGACGAUGUGACCGCGUAGAUCUGAGGAACUUCCAGAGAGGACGUUCGAGGCAUUGCCAUUUGAAUUUUAAUAAGUUAGGUUGUAGGAGAUGGGUUUUGUUUUUGCUAUCUAUGUUGAUACAGAUCAAGGCAGCAACUUUGUUCUUGUGGAAAGUUCUUGUUAUUCAUUUGAAGUUAUAUUUGAAAGCAAAAUAAUAUUGUGCUGCCUUUGUAAUUAAAAAAAAAAUGGUCUGCACUCCACAGAAGCCAGUGUUCAAUCUACAGCUAAAAGCAACAAACUGCAAAUCUGGAAACUACUCUCAGGAAACAAAAAGCUUGUGUGAAGCCGGAGUGCUGUUAAAAUGUUACUGAAACAGUGUGUGAGCAGUUUAAGUUGAUGCUUCGACACGGUCAGCUAUGAACCUGACUGAUAACA